AUGAAGUCGAUGUCAGACAAGCGUUACUUUGUAGGAGGAUGCAUUGCAUUGAUCAUAAUGAUAGCUUUAUCCACCUUCUCUCGCCGCGUCAGCAUAUUAUCCGCACUGAAAAGCUUCGGUCCACUUGACAGUAGUAGUGGACCAGCAUCACGGUUUUAUACGGCUAGCCAUUGCUCCAACAUUGAAGACCAACCAAACCAAUGUGCCUUUGUAAGGACAUCCUGCCAUGGAUUUAAUGCAUUCUAUCUCGAACUCUACUACUGCUCCACUUUAUGGAAACCGAUGAUCAUUGCUAUUCUUGUAACAUGGCUAUUUGUGUUGUUUGGCGCAAUCAGCGUUGUAGCAUCCGAUUUUUUCUGUCCCAACUUGCAAACGAUAUCAACAAAACUUCAACUGUCUGAGAGCAUGGCGGGUGUCACAGUGCUGGCUUUAGGCAAUGGUAGCCCUGAUCUGUUUAGUACAUUCAGUGCAAUGGACUCUAGUGCUGGAUCCAUGGCCAUUGGAGAACUCAUUGGAGCAGCCUUUUUUAUCGUUGCUAUAGUGUCUGGAUGUAUGGGCAUCAUUCGACCAUUUCAAUCGCAACAGAUCACAUUCAGCCGAGAUGCAUCCUUCUUGACUGGAGCAGUUGCCAUCAUGACGUGGAUCGUGUACCAUCAGCAGAUCCACUGGUAUCAUAGUGUAAUAUUGAUAGGCUACUACCUUUUUUAUGUCGCUGCAGUCGUGUUUGGUGCAUAUAGUAGCAAUAGCAGCAGUAAUGGCACUACUGAUCCACUGCAAGAAAAUAAGCAUGUAUUGCAUCCAGAGGAAUCCACACAUCUUUUGUCUCAUGCAAAAUCACCCAGACUCUCCAUUCCAGACAGAGGCUUCUCUGCGUCUGUCCAAUCCAACCUAUCCGAGUUGAACCAUCUUGGUCAUGUCAUUCGUCCCACGUCUCUCAAUUCUUCGCAUCGUUCCAUCUACCAAUCUGCCAUACCACGAUCUGCGAGCACCAAUGGCUCCAUCCUCUCAACCACUACAAAGACCUACCGUCGCCCCAUGACACCGAGAAUUGGCAUUAGAACAUCUGUCUUUGGCGCUAUUGAGUUUCAAGAGCAAAUCAGCCACAUGCGUCAAUCCAGUCAUAGCUCACAGCAUAUCUUGUCUCCUACGCAUCAUCAUCAUCAUCAUCAUCAGCAGCAGCAGCAGCGUAGACAUCGCCAACAAUCGAUGCCGCCUCCUAUGUGGCAGACACUGCAGCUACCAUCAUCACAUGACCUGAGCAAACGACAAAGGGCUUCUACUAUGACGGAUCAGCCCUUCCCCACAGCAACACCUUCCAUCCAUGUAGUGUCUCCUACCACUCAGCAGCAGCACCAGCAUCAAGAGGAACAAGAUUACUUUACAUUUAUCUCUGCACAGCAUGACCAGCCCCUUUUUCAUAUACAACCUUCUUCCCCUCCUCCUAGUUCUCAUAUUCCUGAAAUCAGACUGGAUGUACCAUCAACCACACUGCUUACACCAGAGUCUAGGUCAAUACGCACACCCAGCAUCAUCUCAGACUACGAUUUGUUUGUCUCUGCUCGCCAAAGCUUUGAACUGAACCCUUGCUCUGCAACCCCUUCUUUUCAUAAGCAUUUAGCAGACCAUAUCAUGACAUCAGGGAUAGUGGGCCACGAUCCACUCCAGUCGGAAUCAUCUAGCUUAUUGCAAACUCUGUUUCCUACUUUACAAGACUGGCGCCAAAAGUCGUUGUUCUCCAAGUGGAGUGCUCUGGCAGCACUGCCACUGGUGUUGGUGUUUACACUGACACUGCCUGUUGCAGAGAUUGGCCAGAUCAAGGUCGAUGACAUUCAAGUCAUGGAAGAGCACGAUGGCGAUCAAGACGACAACGACAACGACAACGACAACGAGGAGGAGGAGGAGGAGGAGGAGGAGGAAAGCACCGUCAACUACCUAUCUAUACCCACGUCAAAAGCAACAGCAAUAGCAGAGCAUGAUAUGCCUUUAAAAAUCACAGUAGAUGACAUUGAUACAAAGCAAGGAUGGAACAAGCAACUACUCAUAAUUCAGUGUAUUAUUAGUACAGCAUUCAUUCUGGGUGUGCUUGCCGCCAACCAAGUGAUUCCGUCGUUUGCCAUCAGUCUUGGCCUACUGGUAGGUAGUAUACUGGCCAUCUACAUCCAAAAGACAACAGCAAGCCAUGAGCCCCCCUCGUGGUUUUGGACACUGUCUUUUGUGGGAUUCUUUGUAGCGUUGAAUUGGAUAUUUUUACUGGCAAAUGAGGUUGUUGGUUUACUGCAAGCCUUUGGUCAGAUAUUCUCCAUCAGUGAUGCCAUUAUGGGGCUGACCGUAUUUGCACUGGGAAACAGCAUUGGUGAUUUCGUUGCAAACACAGCCAUAGCCAAGAUGGGCUUUCCUACCAUGGCCAUCUCUGCUUGCUAUGCUGGGCCUUUACUAAAUAUGGUAUUGGGUGUGGGCAUCUCAUCCUUGUAUCAGUUCUGGAGAACAGGGGCAUCUUAUAAGCUGGAUAUUGCGCCUACUAUCAUCAUUUCGUCCGCUGGGCUACUGACAGUGCUAAUGAGUACAUUGAUUGCCGUCAGUAUCAAUGGAUACCGCAUUACCAAGCAGCUGGGAUGGUGGAUGUUGCGCUUUGGUAUCGAAUACAGUAGUCCACCAUUACUGUUUGAUGAUUUGAAAUGGUCGAUUAAACUCUUUAAAGGCAAGAUAAAGACCCCAGAGAUGUUGUCUAUCUAUGUGCAAAUUCACGAGACAUCGCCAGGAUCACUACGAGGCAUACGUAAAAAUGUGCAACUAUCCAUCAAAAUCAACAACACAAAUCCCUCCAGUUACUACAAUGAUUUUGGCGUAGGAAAGAGAUUGCAGCCUGUUUGGUUCAGUGAAAAAAACACAAAAUGGGGAGAGGUCUCAAUAGGCACACUGUCAAGCAUCAUUCCUUUUCUCAGUAGAGACCAGCUCUCCUUAUCAGUCACUAUAACCAUCCUGAAAUCUGAAGUGAACAACAAGGCUGCCAUCCCAACCAUCACCCCGCCCUUUUCAAGGUACAUUGAUUCGCCCGAGUUUUCGGAUGUCUCCUUUCGUGUCAUUGAAGAAGAUGAGGACCUCGAGUACGCAAACAAGCUCAACAAAAGAGACCGCUCCUUGUGCAAGGAGAUCUCCUUGGAAAAGCAACAGGAUUCAUCGCAAGAGAAACCCGACACGAACAAGGUGCGCGUAUUUCAUGGGCAUAAAAACAUCCUGGCAGCCAUAUCUCCCUGGUUCCACAUGCUAUUCACUAAUGGUAUGCGCGAAUCACUGCAAAAUGAGAUUACCAUCUCGGGCGUCCAACACGAUAUAUUCUAUAGACUGCUCAAGUACUGCUAUACGUUCAAGAUGGAUAUAAACGGUGUCACGGAUGCCUACGAAAUGCUGCGAGCAUCAGAUCGAUUUCAGAUUGUCAAUAUCCGAGAGGAAGCACUGUGCUACUUGCGUCAAGAAUUGGACGAGCAUAAUAUAUGGGACAUUUGGGAGUGUGCCGACAUGUAUGGAUGUGAAAAGACGGUGAAUACAUGUGUUUCGUAUGCCAGUGUAGAAAUGAAGGCACUGGUGAAGCAUCCCUCUUGGCUGUAUGCAAAAGCAAGCGUCAUCAAAAUGGCGCUGGACAUAGAAGUAGGUGAUUUGCCCGAGGAAACAGAGCUGUACGAAGCUGUCUUGGUGUGGGCAAACCAGAGAGGCGCCAAUGUCACUAUGGCUGCAGAGCAAGAGAAAGAACAGGCGCCACUGGAAGAGCCUUGUUCAAAAAGAGAUACUGUGAACAUGUCCAUGACGAGAACACAGUUGCUGUCUUCUGUAGUCAAUGUAGAGCCUCUAGCGAUAUCGGCAGCAGUGAUUGAAGAUGAGGAGGACGAAGAGGAGGAAGAGGAGGAAGAGGAGGAGGAUCAGCCGCCAGUCAUUGAUUAUAGCCACAAGGUCAUUGCCAUACCAGAUCCCAAGGACUUGGAGGCAGAUCUAGCGAGUAUCUUGCAAUGUGUCCGAUUUCCAAUGAUGCCGCCGGACUAUCUCGCUAAUCGGGUCGAGAUGGAUGCAUUCAUCAUGAGCAUUGAUGGCAUGCGAGACAUGCUGUACGAGGCCUAUAAAUACCAUGCUGUGUUGGGCACCUCUUCUUCAUUUAGAUGUCAACCUCGUCGAGCGCAGAUAGAGAGCGAUGAACUCUAA